AUGAGUGAAGCAGCCACAUCUAAUGUAUUCGAAUCUCACAUAAUUAGUGCAGAUCACAAAGAUCUAAUCCAUGAUGUCGCUUACGACUUCUAUGGAGAAAGAAUGGCAACUUGCUCAAGUGAUCAGUAUGUAAAAGUGUGGGAUGCUGACGGUCAAGGUAGUUGGCGUCUUACAGCCAGUUGGAAAGCACAUCAUGGCUCCGUUUGGAAAGUGACCUGGGCACAUCCAGAGUUUGGGCAGGUUUUGGCAACAUGUUCCUUUGAUAGAACUGCUGCAAUAUGGGAAGAAGUUGGUGACACAACUGCAUCUGGUUCAGAAAAAGGUCUGCGGACAUGGGUAAAGAGAUCUAACCUGGUAGACUCUAGAACUUCCGUUACAGAUGUUAAAUUUGGUCCAAAACAUUUAGGAUUACUCCUUGUCACUUGUUCAGCUGAUGGGAUUAUAAGAAUAUAUGAGGCACCAGAUGUCAUGAACUUAGCGCAAUGGACUUUACAACAUGAGAUACCAACAAAACUUUCAAUCAGUUGUUUAUCAUGGAACCCGUCACUAUCUAGAAGUAACACAAACCCGCCCAUGCUCGCUGUAGGUAGUGAUGAGCCUAACAAUGUGAAUGCCACCAGCACACAAAGUGACAAAGUUUCCAAUAAUGAAAAAGUGUUCAUUUAUGAGUACAGUGAGUCAUCUCGUCGUUGGACUAGAACUGAAUGUUUGUCUUCAGUGGUAGAACCUGUGAAUGAUAUAGCUUUUGCACCCAACUUGGGUCGCUCCUUCCAUCUCUUAGCAGUCGCCACUAAAGAUGUUAGGAUUAUAAAACUUGAACCAAUACCAGAAACAUCGGGUGCAUCGAAUGGGUCGGUUCGGUUUAAGAGUGAGGUGGUGGCCGCCUUCGACGACCACAUGUCGAACGUGUGGCGCGUGUCGUGGAACGUGACCGGCACGCUGCUCGCCUCCUCCGGCGACGACUGCUGCGUGCGGCUGUGGAAGAUGCAAUACAUGAACCAGUGGAAGUGUUGCGCGGUGCUGCGCGGCGAGGCGGGCGCGGAGGCGGCGCCACGCGCGCGCACGCCCUACACGCGCCUCGCGCCCAGCGCCAACCCCGCGCACAUGCCCUACCAC